AUGGCGUUCCCGGAGCUGCUAGCGCGUCAGGCGUCAAUCUACUCACUCACGCUCGACGAAUUCCAGGCGACGUUCGCAGGCCCGUCGCACGCCGUCGCAUCCAUGCCCAUGGACGACUUUCUGCGAUCCGAAGAGCUAAUAGGGGGUAUAGCGGCUAUAGGGGGAGAGCCGGGGGAUGGGGAGGAGGCGAAUGGCGGGAUUGGCAGCAGUGCGCGGGGAGAGGGGGAGGGCGGAGCCGGCGGGGGCGAGGGGGAAGGUGGAGGGGGGAAAGGAGGGGGGGAACUCACUGGAACGGACGGGCGGAUGGGGAGCGUGGGGGCAAAUGGCCGCAGUGCUGACGUGGCACAUGAUUCGAAAGCUACAGCCGCGGCAACAGGGUGGGAACUCCACCCACAUGCGGGGGCAGCAGGGCAGGCAGGACAAGCAAAGGUGCCAUUCCUGCAGCAGCACAAGAACCAGCUUCACCCGCAGCAGCAGCAGGGGGGGCAGGGCGGAGGCGAGGGAGGGAGAGGGAGAGGAGGUGGGGGUGGUGGCGGAGAGGGAGGAAGGGGAGGCGAGCAGGCGUUGCAGCAGCAGCAGCAGCAGCAGCAGCAGCAAGCAGUGGUGGAGAUGGCAGCAGCGGCGGUGGCAGAUGCAGGGCACAGCCACGUGGCAUCUGUAUUCGCCGCCACACGCCACGCUGCUGCUGCCGCCGCUGCCCUCAACGCCCUCGGGUCCCUGGGGUCCCUGGGAGCACUGGGGGGGAGCUCACUGGGAGCACUGGGGGGGAACUCCCUGGGAGCGCUGGGCGCGCAAGGAGGGGGGCUGCUGGGGUCACUGGGAGUGCAGGGAGCGAUGGGGGCGAUGGGACCCGCCCCUGCUGGUGGCCUUGCCAUGGGGAUGGGCAUGGGGGGAGGGAUUGGGGGAGGCGUGGGCGGAGGCGUUGGGGGAGGCGUGGGGAUGGGUGGGGGGUUGGUGCCCACUACGUAUGGUGUGGGCGCAGGCAUGGGCGCAGGGAUAGGCGGAGGCAUGGGCGCAGGCAUGGGCGCAGGGAUGAGCGCAGGGAUGGGCGCAGGCAUGGGCGCAGGGGGGUUGGGGGGGCUUGCUGGGGCGAGCAUGGUGUCGGCGGAUGGGGUGGGGGGCGGGGGAGAGAGGUGGGGGGGCAGUGACGGCGGAGGGGGAGGGGGGCAGUCGGAUACAGGCGGGGGGAGUGGGGAUGGGGACACUUUGAGCGGGGGCGUGGGGGGGAGUGCGGGGCGGAGGGGGAGGAAGCGCAGUGGGGAAGGGGGAGGGGCGCCGGUGGAGAGGAGGCAGAAGCGGAUGAUCAAGAAUAGGGAGUCGGCCGCUCGGUCUCGGGCAAGGAAGCAGGCAUACACACGUUCAAGUCUAACCACAGCCGGGGGCGGAGGUGGCGCAGCUGCGCGCCCAGCCCUUCCCCUCUCCUUAACCCCACCUCAGGCAUACGCAGUGGAGCCUGAAUGUGAAGGUGCCCGGAAGCCUAGCCACAUGAUCCUCUUCCCAUGCCCCCACUUUCCAACCCUCCAGGCGUAUACAGUGGAGCUGGAGGCAGAAGUGGCGCAGCUGAAGGAAAAGAACGAGCAGCUGCGCACCCAGCCCUUCCCCUCUCCUCUCCCCCCCCCCCCCUCAGGCGCGUAUACAGUAGAGUUAGAGGCGGAGGUGGCACAGUUGAAGGAAGAGAACGAACAGCUGCGCUCCCAGCUGCUGCAGCUGCAGUCACAGUCACACACGCAAAUGCCAGCAGCCAUGCCUACUUCUCUAUCUGCAGCACCACAAACAGCAGUGCCAGCAACGGCAGCAGCAGCAGCAGCAGCAGCGGCGGCAGCAGGCACGCCACUCAGUCUCCUACCACCACCAGCCGGACCGUCCAAUUUCCCGGCAAACCCCCUCUCAACCGCUUCACACCUGCACACAACAUCUCACCCUCACACUCCUUUGCCAGGUGCAGCAGCAGCAGCAGCAGCAGCAGCAGCAGCAGCAGCAGCAGCAGCAGCAGCAGCAGCAGCAGCAGCAGCAGCAGCAGGUGGGAAGGGUGGUGCUGGCAGCAAGGCACCGCAACGGUCCAGGUCUGGGCCAUGGUGA